AUGAGGAAUUACCAAGAAGAUACCAAUAUAGUGAGGCUCCUCAAGGGACUAAAUGAUCAAUUUGCCGUAGUGAAGUCCCAGAUCAUGUUGAUGAAGCCGCUUCCAACGGUAGAUGCAACCUUCUCACUUUUGUUACAGCAAGAGAGACAAAAUGCAUAUAUCAUUGAAGGAAAAGCAUUGAUAACCAUGGGUGACACUAGAGCCAAUCAAGGCUUUAACCCUCAGAUCAAUAUGGCCACUAGAGGGGGUAGGAGCCUUAGAGCCAGAGGGGGUAGAUUAAAUGGAAGAGGAGGCAGAGGUCAAACUUACAAACAAUGUGUAUUUUGUGGUAAGAGUGGACACACUGAGGAUGUAUGCUAUAAAAAGCAUGGAUACCCACCUCAUAUGAGGAGUGGCAGUGGCAGUGAAAUCAUCAACAUGAUUACUGAUUUGAAUGGUGAUAAUAUCAGUAACAACACUCAAGAAGCAAUUAGCAAGUUAGAAGCUCAGUUCUCUGCAGAUCAGAGAGCAGUAUUAGUGGCACUUCUUGAAAGGAAGAAAAAUCAACAACAGAGUCAUAACAUAGGUUCUAAUCACACCAUUUCUCUACCAUCAAAUCAAGGUAUUGCAUUCAUUAUGUCUUUGGCCACAUUUAGUCCAAAUUCCUGGGUCAUAGACUCAGGAGCUAGUGAACAUGUUUCUUUUUCAUUAAAAUCAUUCAAAAAUUUGUAUCACAUAAAACCUAUACGCAUUAACUUGCCUGAUGGUACUCAAACAGUUACUGACAUAGCUGGAACAAUAGAGUUUAGCAACACAUUUCAUCUAGAUUAUCUCUCCAAGAAGAUGAUUGGAGUAGCUGAACAAAGAAGAGGAUUAUAUGCAUUUGAGAGUCUGACAACUAUUGCAUCACCAAAACUGCAUACAGCAUUAUCAUCUCUGAGUUGGCCUCACAACUCCAAUAAAUAUGAAGCAGGAGCCUUAUGGUAG